AUGUCUCUCGAGUACCAAAAGGCUCUCUCCCUGGGCCUGAUCGCCCAUGAAGACGUCUCCACAUUGAAGGGAACCGCGGUAGGCAUUUCGCCGACCCUCGAUGGCAUGCAACGCAUGACGGAGGAGCCCCUGAGUGAAUGGGAACCAGAGGAGAAACAUUCUGGAUCAGAGGCGAAAGCGGUGCUCCUCAUCCGAGAUGAGGACCCUAAGGAGCUCGAAGUUAAUGGUUGGAUCCCUUUGACAAAGUGCAAAAUUUCUACUAAAAUUGCUGCCACGACAUGGCAACUCCAACCUACGGUUCUCACAGCGAAAGAACAACGGGGGUGGAACGGGUUCAGCUACCAGAUGGAGACAUCCCUUGUCACCGGCUGA